GGACGGAAGACGGAUCGUCACGUGCAGCCGUAGAAGGCUCCAGAUAAACAUGGCCACCUGUGUCAAGAUGAUAGGAGCUGCUAAACAACUGCACAGAAAUUCGGCUUUUGUUGCUAAACUACACUGGCCUGGCGUUGUCUCCCGCUUGACCGAGACAUCACCACUGAGCCGGCAACAGCCAGCGCGGUUCUACACCAGCAUCGGAACCCCACAGAAAACAUGCACGUCCCCCACCACAGCACUGACAGCUGGCAGCAGGCUGACCGGCAGACCUCGCCGGUGGAUACGUGUCGGGGCCGUUCCACACUUCCAAGACAGUGUCCUCACCCGGAGCUGUGGACCGUAUACGCUUCAAUGUAGGAUGUAUGGAAACCGGGCAGGUGCGGGCUUCUCUGGACAGGAUGGCGAGGACGGCGCAAGCUCCGGGGGAGAAGAGCCUGGGGGAGACGGCGGAGCACCUUACAACGGGGUUCAGAUGACGGCUCUCACCCCCAUGAUGGUCCCCGAGGUGUUUCCCAAUGUGCCUCUGGUUGCCGUUAGCAGGAACCCGGUGUUCCCCCGCUUCAUCAAGAUCAUCGAGGUUAAAAACAAAGCACUGAUGGAACUGCUGAGGAGGAAGGUGCGUCUGGCUCAGCCAUAUGCUGGAGUCUUCAUGAAGAGAGAUGAUGCUAACGAGUCGGAUGUAGUGGAGUCUAUAGAUGCCAUCUACACCACAGGAACCUUUGUUCAGAUUCAUGAGAUGCAGGACUUGGGAGACAAGCUGAGGAUGAUUGUCAUGGGACACCGCAGGAUCCGGAUCACAAAACAGCUGCAGGUGGAGCCUGAAGAGGAAAUAGCUUCAACUGUGUCAGAGUUGGAGUCUGAGCCAGAGUCCCACCAGAAACCUACACAAAGACGCAAAACCAAACGCAGCCGCAAGGACCAUCUCAGUUCUCUGCCAGAGCAGCUUGAGGACAAGAUAUCAGAGGCAGACCUGAGUCCAGAGCUUCAACCUUUGCCCUCCUCCAACAUCCUGAUGGUCGAAGUGGACAAUGUUCAGCAUGAACAGUUCACCGUCACCGAGGAGGUCAAGGCGCUGACAGCAGAGAUAGUAAAGACCAUCAGAGACAUCAUUGCACUUAACCCCCUCUACAGAGAGUCGGUCCUUCAGAUGAUGCAGGCUGGUCAGCGUGUGGUUGAUAACCCCAUCUAUCUCAGCGAUAUGGGAGCAGCUCUGACGGGAGCUGAAUCGCAUGAACUACAAGACGUCCUGGAGGAGACUAAUAUCCCGAAACGUCUCUACAAGGCUCUGUCUUUACUCAAGAAGGAGUACGAGCUGAGUAAGCUACAGCAGCGCUUGGGUCGUGAGGUGGAAGAGAAGAUCAAACAGACCCAUAGGAAGUACCUGCUGCAGGAGCAGCUCAAGAUCAUUAAGAAGGAGCUGGGUCUGGAAAAGGAGGACAAAGAUGCUAUUGAGGAGAAGUUUCGUGAAAGACUGAAAGAUAGGACGGUCCCUCAGCAUAUAAUGGAUGUGAUCAACGAAGAACUCAACAAGCUGGGUCUUCUGGACAACCAUUCAUCAGAGUUCAAUGUAACCCGCAACUAUCUAGACUGGCUGACCAGCAUGCCCUGGGGUACCAACAGUGAAGAGAACUUGUUACUGGACAGAGCGAAAGAAGUCCUGGAAGAAGACCAUUAUGGAAUGGAUGAUGUUAAGAAACGCAUACUGGAAUUUAUAGCAGUGAGCCAGCUUCGUGGCACCACCCAGGGGAAGAUCUUGUGUUUCUACGGUCCUCCAGGUGUAGGAAAGACCUCCAUCGCCCGCUCGAUAGCCAGAGCUCUCAACAGAGAAUACUUCAGGUUCAGCGUGGGAGGCAUGACAGAUGUGGCUGAGAUCAAGGGGCACAGACGGACAUAUGUUGGAGCAAUGCCGGGAAAGAUAAUUCAGUGUCUGAAGAAAACCAAAACGGAAAAUCCUCUGGUGCUGAUAGAUGAGGUUGAUAAGAUGGGUCGUGGUUACCAGGGCGAUCCAUCCUCUGCUCUGCUGGAGCUCCUGGACCCUGAGCAGAAUGCCAACUUUCUUGAUCACUACCUGGAUGUUCCUGUCGAUUUGUCAAAGGUUUUGUUUAUUUGCACGGCCAAUGUGAUAGACACCAUCCCAGAGCCACUCAGGGAUAGAAUGGAGAUGAUCAACGUUUCUGGAUAUGUGGCUCAGGAGAAACUGGCUAUUGCUGAGCGUUACUUGGUGCCACAGCUGCGCUCACUCUGUGGUCUGACAGAGGAGAAGGCUUCAAUCUCAUCUGAUGCUCUCAGUCUGCUCAUCAAGCAGUACUGUAGGGAGUCUGGAGUCAGGAACCUGCAGAAACAAGUUGAAAAGGUUUUCCGUAAGGUGGCGUUCUGUAUUGUGAAUGGUGAACAAACCGGAGUGAUGGUCACUCCUGAAAACCUGCAGGAGUUUGUGGGUAAACCUAUUUUCACAGUUGAUCGGAUGUAUGAUGUCACUCCACCGGGAGUGGUUAUGGGGCUGGCUUGGACCGCACUGGGAGGAUCGACGCUGUUCAUCGAGACUUCACUCCGCCGGCCUCCAGGAGGAGCGGACUCUAAAGGAGAGGGCUCAUUGGAGGUCACAGGUCAGCUGGGUGAUGUUAUGAAGGAAAGUGCGAAGAUCGCUUCAACCUUCGCCAGAGCAUUCCUUAUGACUCAGGAACCGGAGAAUCACUUCCUCAUCAACUCCCACCUGCAUCUGCACGUCCCUGAGGGGGCAACGCCAAAAGAUGGACCAAGCGCUGGUUGCACUAUUGUCACGGCACUCUUGUCCCUGGCAAUCAACAAGCCCGUGCGUCAGAAUGUAGCCAUGACUGGUGAGGUGUCUCUGAUGGGCAAAAUACUACCAGUAGGAGGGAUCAAAGAGAAGACUAUUGCUGCUCGUCGUGCUGGUGUGACCUGUAUCAUCCUUCCAGUUGAGAACAAGAAAGAUUUCUCGGACCUGCCAGACUACAUCACUCAGGGCUUGGAGGUCCACUUUGUGGAUCACUACAGUCAAAUCUACCCCAUCGUCUUUCCACAGAACGAGUCUUAGCCUGUUUUCAACUAUAGCACCUGACCAAGAUUGAUGGCACUUGACAACUCGGUACCUAUUUAUUACCCAACAGCAAUAGCGGUGUCAUUCUCGUCGUACAUGGUGAAAUCAACUUGUUACUUUUUGACUGAAUGGACUCUGAGGUCCUGUUAUAGAGACUUGGCACUACAUCAUCUGUUGCAGUAUCACAGUGGAGCAGCAGCAGCCUUGUUGGUCACUCGCACAUGAUCCUGUUUUGGUUACCAUAGAAGCCUUUACUGUGUGGGUACAGCUGUGACGGAGACAACAACACUGAACUGAAAUGUGCCAAAUAUGGACACGGAAAGUCAAAUGGUGACGGUAACACGUGACCAUGUCACUGAUUAGCAGAAGUCAGAUUGAGGACUUUGCUGCCAGGCAGCUUGUUCAUCCAGGUCUGUGGAUGGACUCUUUCAUAGAUUUUGUGCAUUUGUAGUAUACCAGAUGUCAGGAUGAUGAUGUUGAAAUCAACAAUAAACAGACAUAACUGAAUGCUGUUGCCUGUUCUAGCCC